AUGGCCAACCAAACCCCUGCCGUUGUCAUGGACAACACGUCCUCUUCCACGCGCGCCCGUCGCACCGUCGCUGACCAUCUCGCCCUCCUCCUUUUAGGGUUUGCCGGCAACGAUUCUCCCUCCUUCGUCUUCCCGACGGCGAUUGCGACAAAAGGCCCUGCUGGCGGUAGUGGAGGGUCUGGUUCCAGCAGACCAGCGGUUGCGAACAAGCCUUCCUUCCUCACCGGCGGUGCUGGUUCCGGGGGUCAUCUAUCUAUGAAACGGGGCACCGAAGACCUGGACUUCUUCAUUGGUGACGAGGCUAUCGCGGCAUCAAGUGGUCCAGGCUACGGUCUGCACUAUCCCAUACGACAUGGUCAAAUAGAGAACUGGGUACAAUCCUCGCUGUUUGUCGGUAUCUAUCGAUUCUGGUCCAACUCCAUCUUCAAGUACCUGCGAGUCGAGCCCGAGGACCAUUACUUUCUCCUGACUGAGCCUCCCCUGAACCCACCCGAAAACCGAGAGAAUACGGCCGAGAUCUUCUUCGAGUCUUUCAACUGCGCAGGUCUUUAUAUCGCUGUUCAGGCUGUCCUUGCCCUCGCCGCAUCUUGGACGUCCUCAAAGGUCUCGGAUCGGUCGCUGACCGGCACUGUCAUCGAUUCCGGUGACGGUGUCACACACGUCAUUCCUGUUGCUGAAGGUUACGUGAUAGGCUCAUCGAUCAAGUCUAUCCCCAUCGCCGGCCGAGAUAUCACCUACUUCGUACAGUCGUUGCUCCGUGACCGUGGUGAGCCGGACAGCUCGUUGAAGACCGCGCAAGAAAUCAAGGAGGAAUACUGCUAUGUAUGUCCCGACAUCGUGAAGGAGUUUUCCCGGUUCGAUCGCGACCGCAGUCGGUUCGCCAAGCACGUGGUCAAGCAUCCCGGCGGCCGUCAAGUCACCGUCGACGUCGGAUACGAGCGCUUCCUCGCCCCCGAGAUCUUUUUCAACCCCGAAAUCUACUCUUCCGACUUCCUCACUCCACUACCCGUCGUUGUCGACACCGUCAUCCAAUCAAGUCCCAUCGACGUUCGACGAGGACUGUACAAGAACAUUGUGUUGUCAGGAGGAAGUACUCUAUACAAGGAUUUUGGGCGAAGAUUACAGCGAGACAUCAAACACCUGGUCGAUGCAAGAAUCCGCGCCAGUGAGGUUAAGAGUGGUGGAGCGAGGAGCGGGGGCUUGGAGGUACAAGUCAUCUCACACAAGCGGCAACGACAUGGUCCAUGGUUCGGAGGCAGCUUAUUGGGACAGACGCCCGAAUUCAGAUCGUAUUGUCACACCAAGGCCGAGUACCAAGAAUACGGGCCCGGGAUCGUACGGAGAUUCGCUCUACUGGGCGGACCUGGUGGUUCAUAA